AUGGCGCCAGCAGAUAGUGAAGCUGUAGAGCCACCCGCGAUACCACAUGGAGGCAUUCAGACAGAAGACUGGUCAGAGGCCCUCAGCUUGCCAUACUCCCACGACAGCGACCGAUUGGAAUUUAGUGGCGAUGGGCUGAACACCGGUGUUCGAGUACUAAGCGAUGGUCGAUUAGACAUCAGAAUCAACGAGCGUAAACCCAGCCUGGCUGGCAUUUUACACCACUUAGGCGCAACUCCGAUGCCGUCAGAGCUCUCACGAGUCAACUCAAGAGCGUCCAGAGCUUCCAGAACAAGCUCACGAAAAGGCGAGCGAAAAGCCCAUGUGAAGCAUUUCCCACUACAACUCAAUAUCGUGAUUCAAGUCAUCGGGUCGCGAGGUGAUAUACAGCCAUUUGUCGCACUCGGAAAGGAACUCAAGAAGCACGGACACCGUGUUCGACUAGCCACCCACUUAGCUUUCCGAGAAUUUGUGAACGAAGGGGGUCUCGAAUUUUUCAAUAUCGGCGGAGACCCCGCAGAGCUAAUGGCCUUCAUGGUAAAGAACCCCGGGCUUCUCCCAAGCCUUGCCACACUCCGAAGCGGCGCAAUUCAGAAGCGCCGAAGAGAGAUGAAGGAAAUCAUCGAGGGUUGCUGGAAAUCUUGUUAUGAGACUGGCGAUGGAACACACAUGCACCAGAUCAAGGAUGAUCCUUUCAGUGAAGAAGUCGAUUAUCGAAGGCGCCCCUUUGUUGCGGAUGUCAUUAUCGCUAAUCCGCCUAGUCUGGCUCACAUCCAUUGUGCGCAGCGAUUGGGAAUACCUUUGCAUAUUAUGUUUACGAUGCCAUGGUCGCCGACCCAGUCUUUUCCACAUCCGUUGGCUAUCCUUCAUCCAAAGGAUUGUCAACCAACAGUCGCGAACUUUGUCUCUUACGCUAUCGUCGACAUGAUGGUAUGGGAAGGUCUGGGCGAUCUCGUGAACAAGUUCCGCAAGAACGUAUUAGCCCUCGACCCGUUGGAUAGCAUUACCGCUCCAAGUUUAAUACACCGGUUGCAAAUCCCAUGUUCCUAUCUCUGGUCACCCGCUGUUCUUCCCAAGCCAGUGGAUUGGGGCGACAAUAUUGACAUCUGUGGAUUCAGCUUCCUCCCGGCAAAUCCAGACUAUACACCUCCGAAUGAGAUCAAAGAAUUCUUGGAAGCAGGACCGACACCUAUCUAUGUCGGAUUCGGCUCCAUUGUUGUCGACGACCAAGUCAAAUUGACCAAAAUUGUGUUUGAAGCAGUCAAGAAGUCCGGUCAACGCGCAAUCGUAUCAAAAGGCUGGGGUAAUUUGGGCGUGGACGAGGUCGACGUCCCAGAGAAUAUCUUACUUAUCGGAAGCUGCCCCCAUGAUUGGCUUUUCCAACAUGUCUCAUGUGUGGUCCAUCACGGUGGCGCCGGCACAACAGCAGCAGGCCUUGCGCUUGGAUGUCCAACCAUCAUCAUUCCGUUCUUUGGAGAUCAAGAAUUCUGGGGACAUAUUGUUGCGACAGCAGGUGCUGGUCCGGUCCCGAUUCCGCAUAAGCGACUCACCGUAGAAAAUCUUAGCAAUGCGAUAGAGAUGGCAUUAAAAGAUUCUACAAAGGAAAAGGCACAAGCGAUCGCGAAGAAAAUGAAAGAUGAGUCUGGAGUAAAGGAAGGAGUUUGCAGCUUCCAUCGCCAACUCAAUCUCCGACCCUUGCGAUGCGCGGUGUGCCCUUCGCGCCCUGCUGUCUGGCAUCUCAAACAUACCGAAGUCGGUCUGAGCGCGUUCGCAGCAUCGACAUUGGUUGAAAUGGGCAAACUGGAUCCUGAAAGUCUCGUGUUAAACCGUCCUAUGGAAUAUGACACAUAUCGCGACCCUGCUGGGCCGAUCAGUGCCAGCGCCCAGGUGUUGUUCGGCGCCAUUGCUAAUUUUGUCAUUGGAAUCGCCGAUGUCCCCGCGGAAAUGGUCAACGACCUAGUUUCAGCUGGGAAGCACCUAAGUCAUAAUCACCAAACUCAUCACGAAGACGCUCACCGCAAAUGGCAUAUGCACAAGACGCAUAACGAAGACGAACUUGCCAGCGAGAAUGACUCACAGGAGCAGGCGGAUCAGCAGAAGGGUAGAAAGUCAGAUGAAAGUCCGAAUCACUCUCACAGCGACUCAUCCCAUGACUCUUUCGCUCAACCUGCAAAUGCAGGGACUCGCUCGAGCGAGCCUAUGGGUGACGAAGAGACAGGAAGCGAUGACAGUGUCUCGAACUCGAGUGACAUUCCUCCAGAUGCUGGUAUCGAUCGAGUACGCAGUCUGCAAUUGGAAAAGACUCAAACGAUGAGCAGUGAAAUGGCUCCCUCCAAGCAUCAUGGUUUCCUCAAUGAAGUGAGGUUGCACGGCGCGAAAAUGGGGAAGAGGUUUGUCAAUUUCGUGAUUUGGAUUCCGACAGAUCUUUCCCUCAGUAUGUCCAAGGGCUUUCACAAUGCACCCAAGCUAUACCAUGACUACACGGUUAAGCCAACUCCAAAGGUUCAUGGUAUAAGAAGUGGCUUUAGGGCUGCUGGCCAGGAACUUCGGGAUGGAUUCUAUUAUGGUGUUACCGGCCUGGUUACUCAGCCUCGACAUGGAUACCAGGAAAAAGGUGCGAAGGGAAUGAUGAAAGGGUUAGGCAAAGGUCUUGGUGGAGUGUUCCUCAAGCCACCAGCGGGUCUCUGGGGACUCGCUGGAUAUCCUUUGACUGGAGUUCGCCGCAACCUCUUAGACUCAUUGGGCAGGACCCAAGAAGGCCAAAUUGUGGCGUCACGCAUUGCCCAAGGACACGAAGAGAUGCGGAAGUCGUCCACCGAGGACAGAAUGGAGGUGGCCAGAAAGUGGGCCUUAGUGGAAGAGAAGCUUCACGACACGAAUCGGCGCUGUCGUCGCUCCCAGUCACACUCGUCAGCGCACCCCCACGCACUUACAUACACUGCUUCAUGUGGCAUGGCCGCCUGA